AUGAUAGAUUCAACUUCGGAUACUACUGGGUCGUCGCGUAACACAUCUACUUAUACCCACUCUUCUUUCCUUUCUGCGAUUUACUUGGAUCCUGGUUUGAUACCAGAAUCACCAAUCGUAUCUCACACUGCUCGACUAUCAAACGAGUCAAAGAGUAUCCAUAUCGAAGCAGAAUUAGGUCACCUAGUUGAGGAAGGUAGUGGAUCAAGUGACGGCUACGAAGACGUGGAAGAUCAACAUCGAUACAACUAUCCAGCAAACGGGGCGUAUGAAGGUGGAACUAAACCUUUAAGAGUCAGAAAGAAGAGAGGCGUUAUCACCGUCCAAAGUAAACUCGCAGCAAAAAAUAAACCUCGACGAAGGAAGUCAACUUUCUCUUUCCCACAAUCCCCUUCAACACCUUGCUCCGCUCGCUUUUCUUUUCCCAAGCGUAACCCAUCAUCAACUUCAACAUCAUCCAAAACAAGCUCACAUCCUCAUUCCAAAAUCUCUCGAUUGUUCUUGUCGUUACCAACCACUUCACCUUCUCCCACCUCGGGGAUCUUCGACAAGGGCAAAAUGAUUGUGGGAAAUGAUCGAUUUUCAGGUUCAUCUUUACAUCUGGGAUUGGGUAAAUUCAAUUCAUACGAUCUGGUCGUCCCUGGACCUUCCCCACCGACAUCUCCAUUUCCAUCUCCAACAAAGAGAUCUUUUGCCACCAUUGCAAACAUGUCUUCCAAUCUCAACGCAGACAUGAAGUUGAGAUCACAUUCUGACGUUUACUCGAAGAAGGCAUUACCCCUUCCUCCAAGUCCACUUACACCGUCCCGUGCCCCAAGAAAAGCCGCUGCCUUACUUGGAGCCGGAUAUCCAAACUCGUCAAGCACGAAACAACCUAAGAAAGGUAAAUUGAAUGGAUUAAAUGGUAAACACUUUAGACCAUUACCCAAUUCUGCUCUGAUAGAAAUCGAAAGGUUCUUUGGAGAGAUUCCCAAGAAGCCAUCAAAAGUCACAAGGCCAAUCGAAUCGAAAGGCUCUCCGACAACGGAUAGGAAUCGAGCGAAAUCUCUUUCCAGCGCUUCCAAUGAGCGUGGACUGGGAGACAGGAAAGUUGGAGAAGGUGGCGCUGUCGGAUAUAAAAAUGAAGAUGGAUCAAUGUGGUUGGAUGUUGAAGAAGAACAAGAAUUCGCUUGGUUAUUAUCUGAAAUAUUCUCUUUAGUCCCUCAGCCACUGCCUCUACCUUUAUCUCCAUCAAACAAUGUUAAGAUACACAGUGAUAAUUGUGAAACAGGCAAAGAGACAGUCCUCAUUCAUCAGCAUCAUACACUGGAACAAGAUCAUAAUGACGAAGAGAAUGACAGUCAAUGGGAAAUGGAAAAUUUCACUUCAAUUUUAUGCAUACCUGAGCCGAAAUCAAAAGCAAAAUCGAACUUGAAAUCGAGAUAUGGUCAAAGCAAAGGUAGACAGGAGCAUCGUGAAGCAAGCGACGACUCUUUCUUAAACAUGGAAACACCGAAAUUAUCAAGAUCAUUCAAUGUGUCAACUGCGAACCCAUGGUCAAUCUCUACCGCUGCACCAAAACAUUCAAGAUCACUUUCCAACCCUGACGUUUCACCAAAAUUAUCCAUCUCUCCACCUAUGCCGGCAUUGAUUCCACCACCCAGAUUAUCAUCAAGGAGAGAUCAAUCACUCACUGGUAAUAGAUCAGUCUCUAAUUCAGCCUCCAGCUCGGGAUCAAGUUCUGAAACGGAGAAGGAUCUCGUGCGAAAAGUCAAGAAUCGUCCACCGCCUUUAACCCUACCAAAGAUUAAACCGUCAUCGAAACUUCCGAUUCUGACUGCGACUUCUCCAAUAUCCGUGUCGAAAGCAGAGCAACACUACAAAGUUGUACAAUAUCACAUCAAGCCGACUUCGGUACAUAAGCAAGCUCAAGCACAACAACAUCAGCACCAGCAAAGCCAACCAGGACAGCAAGGGCAUCAAGCUCCAUCGACACCAUUCGUCAAGCCUCGCACGGCUCCAAAACCGGGCAAUGCUGAUGUGCCGAUCCCGGCUCGACCUCAAAUGCGUCAUGAAGAACAACCGAUGAGUUUCUUCGAUCCAGUCACUCCCACAGAACCAACAUCAAAGAUGAGAAAUCAGGCUACGAUUGGUAAAGAGAAAAAAGGCUGGUUAAAAAGGAUGGUCAGAAGACCUUUGGACGGUGGACGCAUUUGA